AUGGCCUCCGCGGAACUCUCCUCCAAGAAGCGCAAGCGCGCCGCCGCCGAGGCCGCCGCGACAGACGACGCCGUCACGAAGAAGUCAAAGUCGGACAAGAAGGAGAAGAAGGAGAAGAAAUCCAAAAAGUCCUCCGAACCCGAGACCACCAUCCCCGCCCCGGCCGCGGAAGCAGACCACGACGAGUUCAUCGCCCUCGAGGAAUCCAAAAAGGACAAGAAGGAGCGCAAGCGCAAGGAGAAGGAGGCCCGCAAGGCUGCGGCCGCCGCUGAGACCGAAGAGGUGGUAGACACAUCCGCGAUGGAUAUCGACCCCCCGGUCGAGGAGAAGAAAGCCAAGAAGAGCAGUAAAAAGGCUGAGUCUGAAGCUGUGGAAGAGGAGGUGAAGGAGGACAAGAAGAAGAAGGAAAAGAAGGACAAGAAGGAGAAGAAGAAGGAGAAAAAGGCCAAGGAAGAGAAGGAGGAGACCAAGCCCGAGACGGCGACGGCGACGGCGACGACCGAGUCCGACAACAAGAAGGAGAAGAAGAAGGACAAAAAGUCCAAGAAGACCAAGGAGGAGCCCGCCGCCGCCCCCGAACCCGCCGCCGCGGAGGAAGAGGCGCCCGCGGAGGGUGGUAAGAGGGAGAAGUACAUCGUCUUCGUCGGAAACCUCCCCUACACGGCGAACCAGGCCUCCAUCAAGGAGCACUUCUCCGCCUACAAGCCGACGGCCGUCCGCUGCCUGCACAAGGACGGCAACCCCAACGUCUGCCGCGGCAUCGCCUUCCUCGAGUUCUCCAACGGCUCCAACAUGCGCACCUGCCUCGACAAGAUGCACCACACCGAGUUCGACGACGGCCUGUCCGCCCCGCGCAGGGUCAACCUGGAGCUCUCCGCCGGCGGUGGCGGCAAGAGCAAGUUCCGACAGGAAAAGAUCAGGGCUCGCAACGAGCACCUCGACGAGAACCGCGCCAAGCGCAUGCAGAAGGAGGACGAGUACAAGAAGCAGAGAGCCCAGGAGGGUGGCACCAACACCCAGCAGGAUAGCAUCCACCCGAGCCGUCUUGCCAUGAUGUACCAGUAG